CCCUUCAUGGAAGACACGAAUGGGGAGUCGGACGAUGCCCAUCGUCCAGCCUUGCAGGUCAUCGUCCUGGGUGCCGGCGGCGGUCCCCAGGAAUACAACACCACCGCCCUUCUCGUCCGCUCGGUCGCCUCGGGGUGGACAAAAGGCUCCAUCAUUGCAGUAGACGCCGGCGUUCACCUUUCCGCCAUUACGCGUAUCCUCGAGACCUCCGUGCCGUCGGGCCUUGGUGGUGAUGUACCGCUCCCCCACACGCUCACAUCGGGGCCAUUCGCUGGCCUCGAGCUCAGGUCAGACACGACGUCGAUCUACCCAUCGUCUAUCGCUGCUCACAUCACCCGCUCUCUCAUCGACACCUAUCUAAUAACGCAUCCUCACCUGGACCACAUCUCGGGCUUCGUCGUCAACACGGCAGGCCUCACGCGACCCAAGAGGCUUGCUGCUCUUCCCAACACCAUCAAUGCUUUCAAAACUCACAUUUUCAACAACGUCAUCUGGCCCAAUCUCUCAGAUGAGAACAAUGGUGCGGGCAUCGUGACGUAUACUCGCCUCGUCGAGGGCGGGUCACCCGCCACUGGCGAGGGCGAAUCCAAGGGCUAUCUAGAGAUCGCCGACCGUCUCGCCGUCAAGGCGUGGUCGGUGUCUCACGGCCACUGCAUGGAGAAACACCCUCACCGUGGCUCUGCCUCGUCCACUGCGACGCCUCUGCGUUACCCUUCUGUUGAUGCCGCCUCGGUCGCGUCACCGCGCAUACUGCCUCACGGUGUCGCGCCGAGCACAAUGCCGGUCCCCCGGGCGGCAUCCGUCGCACCUGAGCCGCAAGCAAGCAUAUGCGUCUACGAGUCGUCGGCCUACUUCAUCCUCGAUCUGGCCACGAACCUCGAGAUAUUGGUCUUUGGCGACGUCGAGCCCGAUUCCUUGUCGCUCUCCCCCCGCAACCUGGGGAUAUGGCAGGAGGCUGCGCCCAAGAUUGCGGCAGGGCAGCUUGCCGCCAUCUUCAUUGAAUGCUCAUACGACGACUCACACUCGAUCGACCGUCUCUUCGGCCACCUAAAGCCAUGCUUUGUGAUGGAAGAGAUGCGAACCCUAGCCCAAGAGGUGGAAUCCGCACGACACGUCGCCCAUCUCUCCCGGAAGCGCAAACGUGUAGCUGACCCUGACACGAUCCCGCGGAGACGCACGGGGGGCGUCUUCUCACGUCUUGCGGGAGGCGACGAAUCCCCUGUCAGCCCCAAGUCGGUAGCCAAGCGGCAGCUCUCGGCGGACAUUGGCCACGUACCACCAUUACCGCCGGCCGCGACUUCGGUAGAGAGCCCGAAUCUCACGACGCCAACCAAGGAGCUGUCCCUGCGAGAGGCCGAGGGGUGGAGCGACAAUGAGGACGGUCACUCUAGAAAUCCGCCACUGAAGGGCGUCAAGGUGGUCAUCAUCCACGUCAAGGAUCGGCUGGAUGGGCGUGACCAAGGAAAAGUUAUUUUGCAGGAGCUCGAGGCGUACGAGGAGGAAGCCCAGCUGGGCUGCGAAUUCAUCAUUUCCGCGCCAGGGCAAAGCCUCUAUCUGUAAA